AUGGACUGUUUUGGACGAGACAAGUUUUCCGACUACCGUGAUGAUAUGGGCGGUGUGGGCUCGUUUCUACGUCAGAACAGGACUUUAUAUGUGGGCAGGAUGCAUGUUUCGAGUGAAGAGAAUAAAAUGGAGGAGACUGUUUCAAGACAUUUCGCUGAAUGGGGCGAUAUCGAACGUAUUAGAGUGCUGAAUGAUCGCGGUGUAGCGUUUGUGACGUAUGUCAAUGAAGCCAAUGCUCAAUUUGCAAAAGAGGCUAUGGCACAUCAGUCGUUAGACCACGACGAGGUUCUUAAUGUGCGCUGGGCAACUGAAGAUCCUAAUCCGCAUGCUCAAAGAAGAGAAAAACGUCGUCUCGAAGAACAGACCGCCGAGGCUAUUAAGAGACUGUUGCCAGCCAGUUACGUAGCAGAGAUCGAAGGCAGGCAUAAAGACGCUAAAAGAUUAAAAGAACAGGAAGACAAACAGGCAAACGAAGCCAGGAUGUUAGAACAAUCUGCAUAUUCAGAACAAGCUGAAGCUGACGCUGAAGCUGAAAAUGACGUGGACGAUAUACCCGCAAUCGAAGACGCUAAACCGUCCGGGAUCAUUUCCGAGGAUGCUCUACGGGACCUCCAGCAGACCCUGGCGCUGCCAGCCCCGGAACCGAUUGCUCCUAAGAAAAUAUCUCUCCUGGCCAGUGCCUACGACUCCGACGACGAUGAUGACUAG